AUGUCCAUUGAAGGUCAUUUAAAGGCCGAUGGCCAGCAUCGGCAGAGCAUAAGUUGGUGCGAUAUGGGGAACGUCCUAUCGAGUCUGGCCACAUUCGGGGAAGAUGACAAGAGAAGUCCUUCGCGAAAGGGCAGAUAUCGGUCAAGAGAGAAUCAUCAUUGCAAUAGCUAUGAGGAAGCUCCCGCAAAAUACGAUUUGAACGCUACAUUAAACGGGGUGCUUGUUGCCUGUGAAGACCUCAUCAAAGCAGAGACAGAGAAUGCACAGCUGCGAAACCAGGACAGGCUGGAGAGGAGGAAACACAGAAAAAAGAGGUCUGUGAUUGCUCAAGUGCAACCGCAACCUCAGCAGCAAACACCGGAGGUGCCACUGCAAGGGCAUCUUCCGGUUCCCCAUGUCUCUGCGUCAGAAAUGCACGAUGUACAUCCACCUCUUCCACAAACAACAAGAAACGAAAUGGCAUAUCCGACCGAUUUCCCGGGAGUUCCAGGCGCUUUCCCUCCAGCAAUGGGGACCAAUGGCGAGAGUGGGUGA